AGAUUCACCAGUGUUCAUGCCAUCGUUCUGCAGGUGGCUCUCCUUGGUAGGUGGAGUGGAUGGGUCGGCUACCCGAAGGAUUCUGUCAACUGGUCGAGAGAGGAGAAGUUGGUAAAAUUGCCCUGCUACGAGAUGCUCUAUGAUGGAGGAGAGCAGUGCUGGAAUGGACCCAGUCGUUCCGUCAAAGUGAAAAUGAUAUUUGGAGUGGAGAAUAGAUUGGUGUCAGCAGAAGAACCACCUAGGUGUACCUAUAAGAUGAAGUUAGAAACUCCUGCAGCCUGUCACCAUGACCCAAGCAAACUAAUGGAAAUGCACACGGAGUUGUGA